AUGGGAAAGAGGAAAGGGGAAACCUCAAGGGGAAACAAAGCUGGGAAUGGAUGGAAGAUUAUAUGGGGUUUAAAUGUCCCAAAUGUGGUGAAGCAUUUCUUGUGGAGGGUAGCUCUUAACUUGUUGCCUACAAACAAAAUCUGUACAAAAAACAGAUCAACGAAUCUGAUAAAUGUCCAAUAUGUGAGACGGAACCUGAAUCAACAAUGCAUGUCGUGUGGAGCUGCCCAGCUGCCUCAGAUGUGUGGUCUGAAGGGACUAGCUGAAUACAAGAUGGCCCAGGACCAACUACAGACAAACCAGGUGAGAAGCAAUGCUAAUAAGAGUGUGACUAAAUGGGAAAAACCAGGUGGAUUAGUGAUAAAAGCAAACUGGGAUGCUGCCGUGGAUGCAAAGAACAAAUGCGUGAGAAUUGGAGUGGUUGUCAGGGACUCAAAUGGGGAGAUUCUUGCUUGCCUCUGCUCAAGAUUUGCUCAUAACAGCAACUCGUAUGUAGCUGAAGCUCUAGGAUUAAGGAAGGCAGUAACCUCUUGUAGUGAAAUGGGAUUUUCAGAUGUAGUGUUGGAAGGGGACUCUUUAAUAAUAGUGAAUGCUACUAAGAGUGGGGAAGAAACAGGGGCUGAAUAUGGUUGUAUCAUUGAUGAUGUGAGGAGAAUUAUGAAUGGGAGAUUGAGUUGGGAUGUUCGGUUUGUGUAUAGAGAGGCUAACACACUGCACACAAACUAG